AUGACGGACUCCAAGUAUUUCACCACGACUAAGAAAGGGGAGAUCUUUGAGCUGAAGGCGGAGCUGAACAGUGACAAGAAGGAGAAGAAGAAGGAGGCGGUGAAGAAAGUGAUCGCGUCCAUGACUGUGGGCAAAGAUGUCAGUGCCCUCUUCCCCGACGUGGUGAACUGUAUGCAGACGGACAACCUGGAGCUGAAGAAGCUGGUGUACCUGUACUUGAUGAACUACGCCAAGAGUCAGCCCGACAUGGCCAUCAUGGCUGUCAACACCUUUGUGAAGGACUGUGAGGACCCCAACCCCCUCAUCCGGGCCCUGGCGGUACGGACCAUGGGCUGCAUCCGCGUUGACAAGAUCACAGAGUACCUAUGCGAGCCACUCCGGAAGUGCCUGAAGGACGAGGACCCCUAUGUGCGCAAGACGGCGGCCGUGUGCGUGGCCAAGCUCCACGACAUCAAUGCCCAGCUGGUAGAGGACCAGGGCUUCUUGGACACCCUCAAAGACCUCAUCUCUGACUCUAACCCCAUGGUGGUGGCGAACGCGGUGGCCGCCCUCUCGGAGAUCGCCGAGUCUCACCCCAGCAGCAACCUGCUCGACCUGAACCCGCAGUCUAUCAACAAGCUGCUCACAGCCCUGAACGAGUGCACCGAGUGGGGCCAGAUCUUCAUCCUGGACUGCCUGGCCAGCUACACACCCAAGGACGACCGGGAGGCCCAGAGCAUCUGUGAGCGGGUCACCCCCAGGCUGUCCCACGCCAACUCUGCCGUGGUGCUGUCGGCCGUGAAGGUGCUGAUGAAGUUCAUGGAGAUGCUGUCCAAGGACCUCGACUACUACGGCACGCUGCUCAAGAAGUUGGCGCCGCCCCUGGUCACGCUGCUGUCAGCCGAGCCUGAGCUGCAGUAUGUGGCCCUGAGAAACAUCAACCUCAUCGUGCAGAAGAGGCCUGAGAUCCUGAAGCACGAGAUGAAGGUGUUCUUUGUGAAGUACAAUGACCCCAUCUACGUGAAGCUGGAGAAGCUAGACAUCAUGAUCCGCCUGGCCUCCCAGGCCAACAUCGCCCAGGUGUUGGCGGAGCUGAAAGAGUACGCGACCGAGGUGGAUGUGGACUUCGUACGGAAGGCUGUGCGCGCCAUCGGCCGUUGUGCCAUCAAGGUGGAGCAAUCUGCCGAGCGCUGCGUGAGCACGCUGCUCGAUCUCAUCCAGACCAAAGUCAACUACGUGGUGCAGGAAGCCAUCGUGGUCAUCAAGGACAUCUUCCGCAAGUACCCCAACAAGUACGAGAGCGUGAUCGCCACACUGUGUGAGAACCUAGACUCCCUGGACGAGCCCGAGGCGCGCGCCGCCAUGAUCUGGAUCGUGGGCGAGUACGCUGAGCGGAUCGACAACGCGGACGAGCUGCUGGAGAGCUUCCUGGAGGGCUUCCACGACGAGAGCACCCAGGUGCAGCUGCAGCUGCUGACGGCUAUCGUGAAGCUCUUUCUGAAGAAGCCGACAGAGACCCAGGAGCUGGUGCAACAGGUCCUCAGCUUGGCCACGCAGGAUUCAGACAACCCGGACCUGCGGGACCGCGGCUACAUCUACUGGCGCCUGCUCUCCACAGACCCCGUGGCUGCCAAGGAGGUGGUGCUGGCCGAGAAGCCGCUCAUCUCCGAGGAGACAGACCUCAUCGAGCCCACGCUGCUGGACGAGCUCAUCUGCUACAUCGGCACACUGGCCUCCGUCUACCACAAGCCACCCAGCGCCUUCGUGGAGGGAGGCCGGGGCGUCGUGCACAAGAGCCUGCCGCCCCGCACCGCCUCGAGUGAAAGCACAGAGAGCCCGGAGACGGCCCCUGCCGGAGCGCCCCCUGGAGAGCAGCUGGAUGUCGUCCCUACGCAGGGCGACCUGCUGGGUGACCUCCUCAACCUGGACCUCGGGCCUCCGGUCAGCGGCCCACCCCUGGCCACCUCCGCGGUGCAGAUGGGCGCUGUGGACCUGCUUGGCGGCGGCCUCGACAGCCUGGUACGUCCUAGGCGCCUGGACAUCGGGGCCCCCAACUUUGUGGCACCCCCAGCAGCAGCAGUACCGGCCAACCUAGGAGCGCCCAUGGGUAGUGGCCUGAGUGACCUCUUUGACCUGACCAGUGGUGUGGGCACCUUGUCGGGAUCCUAUGUGGCUCCCAAAGCAGUCUGGCUCCCGGCCAUGAAGGCCAAAGGGUUGGAGAUCUCGGGCACUUUCACCCGCCAGGCGGGCUCCAUCUCCAUGGACCUGCAGCUGACCAACAAGGCCCUGCAGGUCAUGACCGACUUUGCAAUCCAGUUCAACCGCAACAGCUUUGGCCUGGCCCCCGCUGCCCCACUCCAGGUCCACGCGCCGCUCAGCCCCACCCAGACCGUGGAGAUCUCCCUGCCUCUCAGCACGGCGGGCUCGGUCAUGAAGACAGAGCCGCUGAACAAUCUGCAGGUGGCUGUAAAGAACAACAUAGACGUCUUCUACUUCAGCACCUUGUACCCGCUCCACAUCCUCUUUGUGGAGGACGGGAAGAUGGACCGGCAGAUGUUUCUGGCCACGUGGAAGGACAUUCCCAAUGAGAAUGAGGCCCAGUUCCAGAUCAGAGACUGCCCUCUCAACGCGGAGGCCGUGAGCAGCCGGCUGCAGGGCAGCAGCAUCUUCACCGUGGCCAGGAGGAACGUGGAGGGCCAGGACAUGCUCUACCAGUCUCUCAGGCUGACCAACGGCAUCUGGGUGCUGGCUGAGCUGCGCAUCCAGCCUGGCAACCCCAGCUUCACGCUGUCCCUGAAGUGCCGAGCGCCAGAGGUGUCCCAGCACGUGUACCAGGCCUACGAGACCAUCCUGAAGAACUGA